AUGGACUGGUUCCAUUGCAAUCAGUGCUUCCGCCAAGAUGGUGCCAACUUCUGCAUCACCAGCUGUGGACACCUCUUCUGCAGGAAAUGCUUUGCUGCGGAGAUAUGCCCCAUUUGUGGAGUGACCUGCAAAUAUCUGUGUCUCGCCGAUAAUAUGAAACCCCAAGAAAAGAUCUUUUUCAAGAGCCCAGUGGAAAUGGCCCUCAAAUAUCUGGCCCACAUCUCCCAGGUGUGGAGUUUCCAGCGGGCGCAGAGCGAGCGGCUUCUCUCGUUCUACAAGGACAGGGUGUCCCAGGCGGAGGGGUCCCUACAGGAGACGCGCCAGAAACUCUCCACCCGCGACAGGGAGCUGGAGGCUCUGAGGCGGGAGAACGACGAACUGAAGAAAUAUCUGAGCAUCCUCAAGGCCUCGCCCAGCCGAUGCCAGGGCAGCAGGGGCAGUACCCCCCGGCCGGUUGGCAUCACCUCCCCCUCACAGAGCGGUGCCCUGCGGCCCCGCACCCAGCUCUGCAGCCAGGUGGUCAGCCGCUCCUCCUCGCUGGAGUCCAUCCCCUACCGCCUCUCCAGCACCCCCAGCUGGCCGCAGGCUCCGGGACCUGCCCAGACCCCCACUGGCUCCAGCAUCGCCACCCCGUCUCCCGCCUCCACCCAGAGCCUGUCCUACUGGUGA